AUGGAUCCUAUCGAUCUCAAGCCCAAGACGGCCGACUCGGACACAAGUUCCGAUAAGCUCAAGCAAGACUUGACAGAGAAAGAUGACAUCCAAGUCUCCAACGUAGGCUACGUCCUCAAAAGCAAUCGUGCUGAUGUCGAGUAUGCCGGGGAAACACCUUUGCUAGAGGAGGAUAAGGUCGUCCAUAAUGCUGCGGAUAUCGUCACUCAAGUAAUCUCGCUGGAAGAUGACGCUUCGCUCAACCCUUGGACCUUCCGUAUGUGGUUCUUGGGUCUCGGUCUCGCCAUUUUUGGUGCUACUCUGCAGGAGAUCUUCUACUUUAAGCCUCAGGUCAUCUACGUCUCACUCGUAUUCUUAACCGUGAUUGCAUACGCCAUUGGCGAGUUCAUGGCUGCCGUCAUCCCUAAGCAUGGCUUCAUCGGUCGCUGGCUCAACCCUCACCCGUUCAACCUGAAAGAACACGCUGCUAUCACUCUGAUGGCUUCGGCUGGUACUCAGUCCGCCCUUGCCACCGAGGCGCUUGCGGCUCAGCAGCUCUUCUACGGUGGCUACCCCUCGAAAGCAGCUGGUAUCUUUUUGGUUCUGUCUUCGCAGCUUCUCGGAAUGACCGUGGCUGGUCUGCUCCGAAACGUUCUUGUGCGACCUGUCAAGCUUCUUUGGCCCGGAAAUCUGCCCAUGACUUCGCUUCUUGAGUCUUUCCACGGCAGUAAGGGAGUCGACGCCAAGCUCAUUGUCAAGAAGCGAAUGAAGGUCUUCUGGCUGGUCGCUGGCACGCUGUUCGUAUGGGAACUGUUUCCCGAGUACAUCUUUCCGGUCCUUGAAGGUGUGUCGGUCUUUUGCCUUUCAAGACAGAAUGACCUUGUUUUCACUAACCUCUUUGGUGGCGCCUCGGGUAACGAGGGUCUCGGUUUCCUCUCUAUCUGCUUCGAUUGGAACUACAUCGCUGGUCUUGGCUCCCCAAUGUGGGUUCCUCUUGAGACCAUGUUCAACAAUCUCGUUGGUUACAUUGGUUGCAUUGUUCUGUUCAUCGGUCUUUACUACGGCAACAUCUUCAGGGCACAAGACUUCCCCUUCCUCUCGCAAGAGCUCUUCGACGGCACUUCAAAUGGCACCAAUGCCUUCAUUUACAACCAGACGUCCAUCAUGACGCCAGAAUUUCUUAUCGAUCAAGAAGCUUUGAAGGCUCAGGGGACGCCUUGGAUUACUGCCACCUACCUCGGCUAUCUCAUCACUUCCAACAUCGGCCUCACUGCUUGCUUUACACAUAUGAUGCUUUGGAACUAUGAUGACAUCAAGGCUGGUUGGUCCUGGGCGUACCCGUCGGAGCUCAAGAAGCUCUUUGCUAACCCUCACUGGUACAAAUUCUGGCGUGCCAGCACCGAGGAGGAGGAGGCUGAAUGGGCUCAAAAGAUGAUGGCCGAUGAGCGUUGCGAUCCGCACUACAAGGUUAUGAUGAAGAACGGCUACAAGGAGGCACCAAUGUGGUGGUGGGGCGCUUCCCUUUUAGUCUCGUGGGCCGUUGGUCUUAUCUGCCUGUACGUUAUGAAGUCAACGCUCCCCUGGUGGGGUUUCAUAUUGAGCACCCUGUUCACUUUCGUGUUCAUGCUCUUCUUCGGUGCUCAAGCGGGUAUCACUGGUUUUGGCUUCAAUCUUCAACCUAUCUGCCAGAUGCUUGCGGGCUACCUCUUCCCCGGUCGUCCUCUGGCCAACCUCUACUUCACGUGUUACACGUACAACACCAUGUCCAUGGGUCUCAUGCUCGCCAAGGACCUUAAACUUGGACAGUAUGUGCACCUUGCUCCUAUGUGCACAUUCACGGUACAGAUCGUUGGCUGCCUAGUCGGUGCAAUGAUGAACUGGGUCAUGAUGUCCGAGAUUGUGGAAAACCAAGCGACGAUCCUCAAGUCGGUUCUCGGUACCAACAUCUGGUCAGGACAGAACAUCCAGCAAUUCAAUACGCUCGCCAUCGCCUGGUCGAUCGCCAAGGACAUGUUUUCGAUUGGCGCCAAGUACCAGUGGGUCACUAUUGCCUACCUGAUUGGCUUCUUCGUACCCCUUCCCAUGUAUCUGGGCAACAAGAUCUGGCCUCACCGCGCAUGGAGCUACUUCAACUUUUCCAUCAUCGCUUGGUACAUGGGUUGGCUUUUUGUCGGCAUCAAUGCGUCUAUCACCUCUUACUUUAUCAUUGGCUUUUUCGCUCAGUUCUACCUCCGAAAGUACCGUCCUGGUUGGUUCAACAAGUACAACUACAUCGUCUCAGCCGCCCUCGACGGUGGUACUCAGACCAUGGUCUUUAUUCUCACUUUUGCCGUCUUCGGUGGCAGUGGCAAGGCUCGUCCCUUCCCUACAUGGGCCGGAAACCCGGAUGCCAAGCUUCACAACCUGGAUUACUGUGCCAUUUCUCCCAUUGCUGUGGAGUGA